AUGGAGGACAACGAAGACGACAUUGCCAUAGUUGGGAUAGGAUGCAAUUUCCCAGGAGGUAAGAAUGGAUGAGAUAAGGAGUUGAUACAUUUUGUUUGUCUAAAGAUACCAAAAGCCAGUGAUGCUGGAUUUUGACCUUUUGUUGUAGGUGAGGGGCUUGACAAUUUCUGGAAGGUUCUAUUGGAAGGGAGGAACUGUGUAGUAGACAUUCCAGACAAGAGGUUUGACAGCACUUAUUGGUAUGAUCCUGAUGAUAGCAAACCUGGGAAGACACAAACAACCAAAGCUGCUCUUCUAGAUGGGUAAGACAUGAACAAUUGAACUUUCAAUGUAUUUAUUGUUAUAUUUGACAAUGAGGUAAAGUAGAAAUCUGUGAUGGGAAUCUCUUUAUCUCCCAGGUUUAAUGAGUUUGAUCACAAGUUCUUUGGCAUCACUGAGGCUGAAACAGACUUCAUGGACCCUCAGCACAAGCUCCUACUCCAGUGUACAUACAGGGCAUUAGAGGAUGCUGGGAUGCCAAUGGAGAAAGUCAGUGGGACCAGAACAGGUGUUUACAUAGGUAACCAUAAUGUUUUAACAUGGUAACUAAAAAAGUGAAUUUCCUGAAGAAAAUGUGGUGUGCUUGCUAGCUUGUUUUAAAGUACUUAUGGUUGUGAAAUAAAUUGUGGUAGAGACUGCAGUAGUAAUGGUAGUGACUGGUUAUAGUUGGAAAAAGUUGGUAGAUUGAAAUAUUGAUUGAUUGGAUCGGAUAAGACAGGAUAGCCUGAACAUGUGAAAGUUGGUUUGAGUGUCUCUAGCUUGAACGUUUCAAGAGUUAUUGUUGGUGAGUUAUUUAAUGCACAUUUAUUUAGUUAUAGUUGUUAAACAUUUUUAAAGAUUUGAAGUUAGGAUAGCCUUAAUGUUUUAAUGGUCUUGUAGCUUAAUUAGCCAAGGAGCUUGACCAUUUUGAUUAGCUACUUCUGUACAGUAUUUCUAUGGUUCUCAUUCAAACACAUGUUAAUUUAUAUACAUUGUAAAUGGUUAUCGUUCAAAAAGUCUAUAUAGUAUCACAAAUAUUUUGACAUCAAUCUAAUUAGGGUCAGUCUGAACAUCUCAACGUUAAUUUGGAGUUGAUAGCUUAAACGGUGAAAGAGAAGAUAGGUCUAGAAUGUUUUGUUUUACCAUUCAAGUCUGUGGGCCUCAUUUAAAUAUUAUUAUAGUACAAAAAUAUAAAUGCUACCAAAAAUAUUCUCUCAAGCAAUCUAAGUUGGCAGUCUGGGCAUUUGGAAGUUGGUUUUGUGUUUAUAGCUUAAAUCUUUUAAGCUCUAGAGCGGGCGGAAGACAUCAAAUAAUAAUAAGUAUGUAAGAAAUCUACAGUUUUGCUUUGCCUUCAGCAAGCACAUCUAAUUGCAGCGACACAAUAUAACAGUGAAUAAUACUCUGCAAUGGAUGUGUUCUCACAGGUCUCAUGAACAGGGACUAUGAGACGCUCCUGAACAACAGACCCAGCACCAUAACCCACUACAACGGCACAGGGACGGCUAUGAGUAUGGCAGCCAACAGGAUAUCCUUCAUCUUCAAUCUCACUGGUCCCUCGUUUGCCAUAGACAGUGCAUGUUCCUCCUCCUUGGUGGCUCUCCAUUCUGCCUGCCAGGCCAUCAAGCAAGGUAGUUCUAUUCAUAAUUACCAUCAGAAAGACUUCAAAUUUUUUGGCAUAUUUCAAUCAUAUUAUUACCACUUAACUGUUAUUCAAUCUGCUUUACUCAGGGGACUGCGAAAUGGCUCUCUGUGGCGGUGUAAGCUGUAUCAUAGAGCCGCGAGUCUUUGUUGCUCUCAGCAAGGCAAAGAUGAUUUCACCUGAAGGCACCAGCAAACCUUUCUCCAGUAGAGCAGAUGGCUAUGGCAGAGGAGAGGGCUGCGGGAUUAUUCUGCUGAAGCCACUGAAAAAUGUAAGAGUAUAGUGUUUACUAUGUUUUAAAUUUAACCAAUUUGAAGUAGUUUAGUUUUGAACCACAUAAAUCACAAAGUUCUAUUUUAUAAUAUAAAGAAAUAUUAAUAUUACUGCUAAUGGUACCCAAAUGUAUCCUUGAACAGGCUCUGAGGGACUUUGACAAGGUAUGGGGCAUAGUAAAAAAAACUGCUGUAAACCAAGAUGGCCACACAGUCACUCCAAUCACCAAGCCAUCCAUGGUCCAGCAGGAAGAGCUACUACACAGAAUCUACUCGGCAGAGUCUGACCUGUCAUCUGUUCAGUACAUAGAGGCUCAUGGGACUGGAACUCCAGUGGGGGAUCCCAUAGAAGCAAGCAGCAUCUCCAAAGUCAUUGCCAAAGCCAGAGCUCCAGGUUCCGAGACACUCCGCAUCGGCUCUGUGAAAGGCAACAUUGGACACACAGAAUCUGCAGCUGGAGUGGCAGGGCUAAUCAAGGUACUACUAAUGAUGAAGCAUGAAACCAUUGUCCCUUCACUGUUCUACUCUGAGGACAGUGCCAGUAUCGAUGCCAAAGCUCUCAAUGUAAGAGUUCCGAUCAAAGCAGAGAAGUGGGAAAAAACAGAGCCCAUGGCAAGGCUAGCUGGUAUUAAUAGCUUUGGGUUUGGAGGGACAAAUGCCCAUGUGAUAGUAAAGGAGUACAUACAGGGCUACAACACCAGAUUGACUACUUAUGACUGUCCCAAGUUGUUUGUUUUGUCUGCAGCCUCAGAGAACUCAUUGGCAAUGUCUAUCACAGACACACAUCAAAGACUUAGCAGAGAUAAGCAAACUGACAUUCUCACUUUGAUGUUUACCUCAGCAUGUAGGAGGAGCCAUUUGAGACACAAGUACAGGAAAGCAUUUAUGACGUCCUCUGUCCCCGACUUAGAGAAUCAACUGAAGUGUGCGAUGAACAGAAAGCUUAAGCCAUCAAGGUCAGAUAACAGGUUGGUUUUUGUGUUCUGUGGGAAUGGAGUGACCUACAGGGGAAUGUGUAAGCAGCUUCUGAAAGAGGAGCCAGUUUUCAGAGAAAAGGUCAGAGAGGUUGAGAAUCUCUUCCAGAAUUACAAAAGUACUGGCAUCUCACAAAAGAUAGCAAACGAUUUCGACAAUGAUGAUUAUACUAAGCCAGAUGUUGUCCAGCCCCUCCUCUUUACCAUUCAGGUUGGCAUUGCCAGUCUCUUCAAGCACUGGGGUAUUAAACCAGAUGCCAUUCUUGGCCACUCUGUUGGAGAGGUUGCUGCUGCCCACUGCUCUGGUCUGUUGUCCCUUGAGGAUGCAGUGAAGGUGAUCUACUUCCGCAGUACUCUGCAGAGCAAGGUAACAGGAGGGAAAAUGCUUGUGGUCAGUAACAUUGCCGUGUCAGAGGUCCUGAAAAUCCUUCCAAUCUACUCUGGGAAGGUUUGCCUGGCUGCCUUCAACAGCCCACAGUCCUGCACCCUCUCAGGUGAUGCAGACGCUAUAGACACACUCCAUCAAAAGCUGACAGCUUUGUUUAGAGGCAAGAAUCUGUUCCUCCGUGUACUGGAUGUACCUGCUGCAUACCACAGCCAUAUGAUGGAUCCCAUAGUGGACCGUAUUGAGGAAAGUAUUGGUUCUUUGACAAUGAACAAAAUGGAUUGUGAGCUUUUCUCAACAGUGACUGGAGACAUGUACACCCAUGGAGACUUUAGCACAGGGAGAUAUUGGGCUAGGAAUAUCCGAGAGCCAGUUUCAUUUGAGCAUACAAUGAAAGCAGCAACCAAAGACCAGAAGAAUGUGGUCUUUGUGGAGAUAGGCCCUAGAAGGGCUCUACAAAGGAACAUCCAGGAGACUCUGGGAAAUGACACUAUAGUUCUGUCCUCAGUGCAGCCAGAAAAAGAUAAUGAGACAAUGCUGACCACUGUGUCCAAACUGUUUGAACGGGGGGUCCAUGUAGACUGGGACAACUUCUACAAAGGCUGUGAGGCAUCACCAACACCCCUCCCAAGAUAUCAGUUUGAUAAUCUGACAAAAGAGGUGUAUUUUGAGGCUGUAAGACAAGGAAAUGAAAAGAUAGCUUCCUCUCAACACCCACUGAUAUCUCAGACAAAGCAUGAGAGCAAAGAGCACAAAUGCAAUCUUUCAUCAGAUACUGCACCCUAUCUCUGGGAGCACAAAAACAAUGGUGUUGCCAUUGCUCCAGGUGCAUUGUAUGUUGAACUGGCUUUUGCCUCAAUAAUGGCAAGUUCAAGACCAAAGAUGCCUAUUUGCUUGAUGCAGCUGAGUGUAACUUUUCAGAGCUUGUUUACACUCAGCACAAACUCUCCUCAUAUGAAAGUGGUACUGGAGGCAGCAGAGAAUGAGACUAUGUUUAAGAUACAGUCUCCCUCAGCAACACAUGCAUCAGGCACCAUUUGUUAUCGAAGUGGGCAAACAUUGGUUGAGGAACAAACCAUUUGCCCGGAUGUCAUUUUCAAAAGGUGCAAAUCAGUGAUAAAGGGGGAAGAGGUCUACUCAAUCCUCUCCCGUGCAGGUUUUGAGUAUGGUCCUAUUUUCAGACAGCUGGAUGAUGUGCACUUCGGCGAUGAAUUCAAGGAGGCAGUGUCAGUGAUUAAGGUCCCAGGUGAGGUGCUGAAACAGCUUCAUGAGUACUUCCUUCACCCUGUGGUGUUGGACUAUUUUCUGCAAAUGACUGCUAUGGUAGCCGUUGGAGGACUGACCACCAGGCCAGGUUUCCCAUCUGCCAUUGGCAGUGUGGCAAUAGUAGCACCUCUGCAGGAGGACAUGAUUAUGUAUCUGAGAGCAAUCCAAGAAACCUCAGACUACAUAGAUGUAUGUGGUUGCUUUUCCAAUAAAGACGGACAUGUUUUAGUGGAACUAAAGCAUGUGAGGAUCUCGUUUUUAGGAAAUUGCUCACACGUUGCAGAGUCAUUCUUCUUUCACAAUGAACUUUUCUCCAUCACUGACAAUACCCACGUAAACUGUAAACCCAAAGCCUUGAUCUUUGAAGACAUCCUGGGAGUUGGCAAAGCAUUGAGGCCAUACGUACACCAAACAUCAUUUUUUGUCUUGAACAGAGAGUUUGGGUCCAACCCACAAGUUCGAGACUUAGUGUCUCACUCUCUUCAAGGUGAUGCUGGUGUAGAUUUACAGGAGAUACUGUUCAUGUGGGGUGUACAAGACCUCAGUCAUCUGUCGACUGAGAUGGCAUUGGAAUGCUUGGUUGACUGCUGUGAGCAUUAUCGUCAGAUUGUUCUUGCCUUGAAAGAAAACAAGUGUUGCUGCACAAUCCGAGUCAUAACCUACCGUUCAGCAGAGACGACCGUGGACCAUAUCAGUCCUGGUUUUGUCCUGUCUGGCAUGACAAGAGCCUGUGCUGCUGAGAUACCAGGCCUCUCCUUUCAGCUGAUUGACCUUGCUUCUGUGUCAAGUGAAGACAUUCAGGCAUUGGUUCAUGUGAUUAACACCAGCAAACACCCAGAGGUCAUGAUCAGCAAGGGCCAGAUAUAUUCAACAGUGAUAGUCCGUACCCCCAUAAAAGGGAUUGCCAGCUCUGAGGGAACUGUCUACUCUAUGAGUUCUGGGCAGUUCAUCCUUCAGACUGCUGACCCAUACAGAAUGACUAGCUUGUCUGCCAUGCCUUGUGAUGUAACGGAUAACCACAUCCAGGAGAAAUCAGUUGAGAUUCAGCUCAGUGAGAUUUGUGUUCAUUCCUCUGACUACUUUUCUGUCAGUGUCUCUGAUCUGAACUUUGGCCAGACAAUGUACUGGAACAAACAUGCAUCUCAGAACCACCAGCUUUUGGCCCUUGACUUCAGUGGCACUGUCACAGCUGUAGGGAAAGAUGUGAGCAAACUGAAAGUGGGAGACCAUGUAGUUUCAUGUUAUCCCAUUGCUGCAUCUUCUAAGAUUGUGAUUCCUGAAGCAGCAUGCUACAACCCGAAGAGGCUCCCAUUUCUGAAGGAGGCACCCUGUGUGUCCUACUUUGUGCUGGCAUGGGAAAUAUUGUACAGAGCGUUACCCAGAGUCAAACAACAGAGAAGGUUGGGCAUAAUCUCCUCUGUACCUGACUCUGGUCUGCUGAAGGUCUUAACCCAAACGGCAAACAAAUCAGGAUGGAAUGCCAUCGUUCUGCCCCAGUUUAGUGGACAACUCCUGAACAUUGAUCAGUGUAAUACAUUUGUUGUAUUGCCUCCCUUUGAUCCAUCUCUAGUGGUGAGAAUAGGCAGUGGAGCCACAGCAAAUAAUAUUGUUGUAGUCUGUGACAACCAGGUGUCAUCCUCAGCAAACAUUUUUGCACAUGAGAGCGAACAUACACAUAUCCAAACACUUUAUGUGUCAACUGUUUUCCAGAGAGCCAAUCUAAAGGCACAGAAAACAAAGAUCCACCAUUGGCUGAGGUCAUUACAUUUGGAUGGUGUAUCGCAAUCUCUGCAAACCAUUACCUUUCAAUCGACAGACACAAGAGAACCUCAGCCCACUGCGCACUGUGAGUCCUACUUCAGAGCUAAGGCUGUGUCUCAAGUAGUUUUGGGUCAUGUGGAUUCAGAAAAUACAGUGUCUGAUAUCCCUUUGCUAAUGAGACCAAGCAAGCUCUUUAAGAAGAGUUGUGUGUACAUUGUGACUGGAGGACUCUCGGGUUUGGGACUUGAGACUGUGAAGUUCAUUGCUCACAGGGGUGGUGGAUGCAUUGCAACCCUCUCCAGAAGUCCUCUGUCAGCUGAGAUGCAGUUUGAGGUGGACAAUCUCCAGAGGAGAUGUGGGGUGUCUAUCAUGAGUGUCCAAUGUGACGUGUCAGUGUCAGGGCAGGUUGUGAAUGCAAUCACAGCAAUUGUACAAAUGUUUCCCUCCUGUCCAAUCAAAGGAGUGUUUCACAGUGCAGCUGUGUUGCAUGAUGCUUUGAUCGAAACCCUUGACCGAUCACACUUUAAUAAAGUUCUUCGACCCAAAGUGAAUGGGGCAUUGAAUCUUCACUUUGCAACAUUGCACAACAAAUUGGAUUACUUUGUGUGCUACUCUUCCAUCUCUUCUUUCAUUGGCAAUGCUUCGCAGUCUAACUAUGCAGCAGCCAAUUCGUUCCUGGACACAUUCUCUCAUUAUCGCCGAAACCUUGGGCUUGCUGGACAGUCCAUCAACUGGGGGCCUUUGAACCUCGGUCUAUUGUUGAACAAAGACAAUUUCCAAAGGUUUCUUGAGGCAAAGGGCAUGAUGAUAAUGGAGGUGUCAGAAGUCCAUGAGGCCCUUGAAAAGUGUUUGUUGAUGAACAACCCACAGCAAGUCAUUUGCAAAUUCAACUUCAGAAAUCUGAGCAACCAUGUUCUCUCCCAAAACGCAUCUCUCAGAGGCAGGCUGACAGCUUUAGUCGAGCAAGAACUUGAGAACACUAACAUGACAGAACCCAUGGUCCAACACCUUUCCACAGCACAUGAGAAUGUCAGGGCUAUGCUAAGUGAAAUCACCAAUGUUAGCAUAGAUGAGGUUAAUGACGACACUGCCCUGUAUGCACUGGGUAUUGACUCAAUGUUGGCUAUGACUCUGCAGAAUCACAUCUUCCAAGAGAGAGGUGUGAAUGUUCCCCUGGUUAAACUACUGGACCCAAGCACCACACUGUCUACAUUGGUAACAAUUCUGAAAGAGGGUGGGUAA